AUGGGGGUUUCAAAUGAUUCUGUGGCCAUUGAUAUUGAUAAUGUGGAAUCUCUGGGAGGGAAGGAGGUUCGUGUUAAGACUAGCAAAGGUUCAAUCUCAGUUUUUGUUUGCGGGGAUCAACAAAAGCCUGCUUUAAUUACAUACCCUGAUGUUGCUCUGAACUUCAUGUCUUGCUUCAGAGGUCUCUUCUUGUGCCAAGAUGCCGCUUCUUUGUUGCUUCAGAACUUCUGCAUCUAUAAUGUUGAUGCCCCUGGGCACGAGUUAGGAGCAGGCGUGAUAUCUGCAGAUAUGCCUUUGCUUAGUGUUGAUGAACUUGCAGACCAGGUGGCGGAGGUGGUUGAUUUCUUCGGAUUGGAGAAAGUCUUCUGUUUGGGUGUAACCGCUGGUGCCUACAUUUUAACGUUAUUUGCUACGAAAUAUGAAGAACGGGUCGCUGCUCUUAUUCUGGUCUCACCAUUAUGCAGAGAACCAUCGUGGAGGGAAUGGAUAUAUAAUAAGAUUUUGUUAAACCUAUUAUACUUCUAUGGUAUGCGUGGUCUACUGAAAGAGUGCCUUCUCCUGCGUUAUUUCAGUAAGGAACUAAGGAGAGGAGUCCACAGUGCUGAAUCUGACAUAAUAGAAAAUUCUCGAAGGUUACUGGAUGAACGGCAAAGCGUGAACGUCAUGCGCUACCUUCAAGCAAUUAACGAGAGACAUGACCUCACUGAGAGUUUGCAAAAGCUGCAGUGUAAAACUCUUAUUUUUGUUGGGGAGAGGAGUCCAUUCCAUGCUGAUUCCACACACAUGAACACCAUAAUGAAUAAGAAGGUUUGCGCCCUUGUUGAGGUUGAAUCAUGUGGCUCACUUGUCACAGAGGAACUGCCUUAUGCAAUGAUAGUUCCGAUUGAGUUUUUCCUGAUGGGACUUGGUUUCCAGAACAAGACAGCAUUUACACCCGCCGAAAGCAAUGGAUCGCUGAGCAGAAAACCUUCGAGACAUUGGUGCAUAGCUCCUGAGCUUCUUUCAUCAGAAAGUCUGGGAAUCAAGCUUAAACCAAUCAAAACCAGGCCAACUGUGAAAUCUUGA